ACGAUGUUAAAAUUCGUUCAGAGAAAGAGUGUCCAAAAGAAGCAAUUAUGACAGAACCCAUGCGCAAGAGGUGACAAAGAAAAAAUGUGGGGAUUUCACAUUCAGCUAUUUGAAUCCGCGGAAAGGAUACAAUAUCGCAUGUUGAUUGGUGAAUCACCAAGCUUACCAAGAGGCCGACCCAAAAAAGGGUCUUUCUCUUCAUUGAACGGUUUUUUGCCACUCCGCCAUCCAGCCUCAUCGUGAUGACGGUGACCGAAUCCACUUGCCAUGCAGAGGACGACCAUCCUGGCACUGUACGAAACAAUCACAGCCCCGCAGCCGUAAUUACAGCAUCGCCCGUUCUGUGGCGCCACAGUUCCCAACGGCCGAGCCACCAACCAUCGGUUCAGCCUGACAUGAGCCAAGCCGUUCAAUGCAUCAACCUGAUGGCGCUCGGCAAAACCGGUAAUGGCAAGUCGAGUUUAUUGAAUGAUAUUGCGGGCUAUGAAGUUUUCAAACAAAAGGCGUCAGUCAAAGUAAGGAUUUUUCUACGGCACCUAGCCUUAUCGAUGCUUUCUUCAAUGAUGAAAAUGCAAACAACCCAUUGCGUAGUCUCAAACCAAAGAAAUCCAAGAACAUCGGUGUUUUUGGGCUCCAUUGCAUCCUUACAUGCAUAAUAAAGCUGACUUUGGAUACCCUGUACGGAUCAUUGACACGCCAGGAUUUGGCGACUCUCAGUUACGAGACUCUGAGUUCUUUCCAAUGAUCCGUGAACAGCUCA